AUGUCGUAUCCAACGCUGCCGAACCUCCCUCCGGCGACACCGCAGAAAGCAGUACCUGGUGCUUACCUGCAGACUCCUGCUGUCGCCCGCCAUGAAAAUCUCUUCAAGUCUCCAAUGCAGCCGACAUCCCCUCAAACACCAAUGACACCGAUGCCCAAGUUGCCUCCGACAACGACUACGAAGACCUUGAGCGCCGAGGAACGUGGAGCGCACACCAUCAGCCAGACCCUGGCUUUAGAAGCGCAAUAUCCAGAUUUGGAUAGCUAUCUGUCUCAAGGAGUUUCCUCCGAAUAUGACAUCCCCACGGCCUCAUCGUGGGCGCCCUUUCAUAAAGUCAAAAUGUACAAUAUUCCCGACCAGAUAUUCGAUCAGUACAAUCGCGCACAAGUUUCGACGAGCAUGGGUCUUUUCGCCGAGUUGAACCACGCGUGGGUGGCCAUUGACAACGCGCUGUAUCUCUGGGAUUUCACACACCCCAACCCUCAAUUGGUUGGGUUCGAGGAGCAACCUAACAGCAUAAACGCUGUUAAGCUGGUGAAACCGCGUGCGGGCGUGUUCUUGCCUGCCAUCACGCAUAUGUUGGUGGUCUCGACCACCGCCGAAGUCAUUUUGCUGGGCAUGAGCUGUGAGACAACUUCAACCGGCUCAAAACAGGUUGCGCUUUAUCAGACCGGGAUGACGGUGGCGAUUCGCGGGCUUGAUAUUCACGUUUUUGCUUCGUCAGACUCCGGCCGCGUUUUCUUCGGAGGUUCCUCUGACAACGACGUGCACGAGCUCACGUACCAGCAAGAAGAGCGAUGGUUCCAAGGUCGUUGCGGAAAAAUAAAUCAUACAAGCUCGCGUCUCUCUGUUUUCAGCCCAUCUCUCAGCUUGACAAAUCUGGCCGCAAGGGCUCUCACCGAGAAUGUGGAACAGAUGGUGGUUGAUGAUAGUCGGAAACUCCUCUAUACUCUUUCCUCUGCCUCAACUAUCCGGGUGUUCCACUUGAGAGCCGAUGGAUCGCUCAACCUUGUCAUUACCAAGCUCGCCAGAGAUAUCUACUCGAAUAUCGGACAUAUCAUUGGAUCUAACGAAACUCUUAACGAGAGGGUCAAAAUUGUUGCCAUCAGCCCUGUUCCAGCAGCCGAGGCUUCGCGAUACCACUUGGUCGCGACCACUGCCACCGGGUAUCGUAUUUAUCUUAGUGCUACAGGCUCCUAUAGCUGGGCGCCCAGUUCGAAUGGCACCAACCCGCCCACGAGCAUGCAAGCCCAGCACAUCAAAACACCUCCCAUCGACAACGCCGCAAACGCGAGCAUGACCGCGCAAUUUCCCAUGGCCGCCAUCAAGUAUCCAAUCCACUCUCUGGCACCAACUCGAAUGGCAUCUCGUUUCCCUCCCGGCUACUUCUUCUGCUUCACAUGCAAGGAUGCCACUCAAAAGGCAGAUACAUUGUUUGUUUCGUCUCCCGACCCCGGUCUCCUCGCUCGCCCAGCCCGCGAGCAAGGAGUCAUGAGCAAGUCUGAUGAAUCGGGCAUAUGGUUGAGUCUGGGUGGUCGUGCAGAGGAUAUUGGAUUGUGCUCGCCAACUCCGCCGACAACAUCUGCCGGCUUUGGAAACGAGCUAGCCAUUCAAUUUGAUCAUCCUGCUGCGGAAGUGGCGAUUCUCACAAACUCCGGAAUUCACAUCGUUCGUCGACGACGCCUGGUCGACAUGUUCGCCGCCCUGGUGCGCAGUGGCGGAAACAGCGAGGAAGGCCUGGAAGGUGAGGUUGUCAACUUGAUCAAGAAGUACGGUCGGAGUGAGGUCCUUGCUACUGCUCUUGCUGUCGCUUGUGGCCAAGGUGUUGAGAUCUCAUCGGACCAGCGCCUGACACGGAUCAACGAUCCCGAUGUGCUCGAAUUCGCCCGCAAGGUCUUCAUUGAGUAUGGUGGUCGCCCGGUGUCUAAUGAAAAUUCCGUGCCUGAUUCGACCUCAGCAAUUGAUGCUUGGAAUCCCUCUCCUCGGCAUCACGGCAUUGCCCUAUACAUAUCGCGCCUGUUGCGGUCAAUCUGGCAAAAACAAAUUGCCAAAGUUGGUAGUGCGCCUAAUGGUGCGAUGACUGUUGCUGCCUCGGUGACUGCCUCCAAGCUACAGACCAUCCAGCAUGAUCUUGCAGCUCUGCAAGACUUCUUCAAGACAAACAAAAGCUUUAUCGAGGGUUUGAGUGGACCCGAGGCCUUGGCUCGAGUGACAAACAAGCAGGAAGAAACCGCUCUGCAGGCUGAGCACCGUGCCUUGCACUCCCUCGUGCAGCUCGUGUCACACACCAUUGAGGGAAUUUCAUUCGUCCUGGUCCUCUUUGACGAGCGCGUGGAUGAGAUUGUCGCGACACUACCGGCAGAGUCCAAGGAGCGAUUCCUCAAGCUAACCUUCGAAGAGCUGUUCAGUAGCAGCAAGGGACAUGAUAUUGCCAAGGAGCUAGUCAAGGGCAUCGUCAACCGCAACAUUGCCAAGGGUUCCAACGUUGAGACGGUGGCCGAUGCACUACGCCGGCGAUGUGGCAGCUUCUGCAGUGCAGAGGAUGUCGUUAUAUUCAAGGCGCAAGAACAGCUGAAGCGUGCGACAGAGGCCGGUGCCAACUCGGAAUUGGGUCGCAACUUGUUGAACGAGAGUUUACACCUAUUCCAGCAGGUGGCUGACAGCCUCCCGAUGGAUUAUUUGGUUUCGGCCAUGGACAACUAUAUUGUUAACCAAUUCUUUGCCGGUGCUAUCCAAUUGGCCCUCAAUGUCGCCGGCCGCUCCGACAAGGCGAAUGUCGCGCUCUCCUGGAUUAUGGAUGGACGACCCGCACAGGUACUUAUGUCUUCCGAAUUAUCAACUUCUCACCAGCUCACCCAAAUGCAGGACUCCCGAAAGGACUACUUCUACUUCCGCAAGCAAUGUUACGACCUUAUCUUUAAGGUGGUGCUUGCUGUUGAUACCCUGGCCGCAUCCGACCCCGGCUACAUCGACGGUCAAUUGACCGUGAUUGCCAAGCGACAGAACGAGGCCUAUGGUGUUAUCUCCGAUUCCACAGAUGAAGUGUUCUUGACCAGCUUGUACGACUGGUACCUGGAGCAGGGCUGGAAUGACCGUCUCCUCCAAACACAGUCGGCGUUUGUCGUCACCUACCUGGAGCGCAAGUCUACCGACGAUAUUGCCCAUGCGGAUCUCCUCUGGCGGUAUUAUGCUCAAUCUCAGCGUUUCUUCGAGGCUGCCAAGGUUCAGUUCCAGCUUGCGCAAAGCGCGUUCACUCUGCCUCUCAGCCGACGCAUUGAGUAUCUGGGCCGUGCCCGUACUAAUGCUUCUACUUUCACUCCCGACGUGGGCCGUCAGUCGCGACAGCGCUUGCUACAGGAGAUCACCAACCUUAUUGAGGUGGCCAACAUUCAAGAUGACCUUUUGCAGCGAUUGAAGGAUGACACACGGAUUGCCGCUGACCGGAAGGCUGAAGUCCUGCGUGAUGUGGAUGGUCCUGUGAUGGACAUCAGCACACUCUUCAACCAAUACGCCGAUUCAGCCAGUUACUAUGACAUCUGCCUUCAAAUCUUCUUCGCGGCCGACUACCGCAAUGCAGCCGACAUCAAGGCAACCUGGGCCAACCUCAUCCAAGAUGUCCACGAAGUCACCGAAACCCGCGGCUCGCCUCUCCCCCACGAAGCCGUGAUUGAAAAAGUACGCAGUCUUGGCAGCCGUCUCCGCAUGUCCGAGAUGGUCUUCCCCAUCCGCGAACUGGUCUCUCUCCUAGAACGCUACUCCCUGGAACACCAGUACCACCGCCAAGCCAACCGAACACACUGGGUUGUCGACCUAUUCUUGGAUCUGGGCGUUCCCCACGAAUCUCUCUACGGCGUCCUCGAAGCCAUGUUCUACACCGACGAAGCCCCCUUCCACGGCUCAAACCGCCGCAUCAUCGCCGCAGACUUGCUAUACCUGCUCGAUGCAUGGUUCAGCGAGAGCGCACGACCCGGCGGCACUGUAUUCGGCUCCGACCUUAUGGCCGAGCGUGUCUCCGAGACCCUAAUGCUGCUACAGCAGGGCGGAGGCACACAGGAAAUUGUGGAAGCGAGUCAGGGAUUGAGACAGCGUAUUGCGGAGCUGGUUUGUUGA